AUGGCUCAAGUCAACGAGCAAGGGAGCAAGGCGAGUGAGCUGAGCGUUCUCUUCAGAGACCUCGAUGUCUUUGGAUCGGGUUCUGCCCUGCAGCUCCAAGAAACAGUCGACUCGGUCCUCCUAGCGCCACUCCGGGUUGGCGACCUCUUUUCUCGGAAGAAAGAGCACAGGCACAUCCUUCACGGCUUCAACGGUCUUCUCAAGAGUGGCGAGUUGUUGGCAGUGCUGGGCCGACCGGGCUCGGGCUGCAGCACCUUCCUCAAGUCCGUUUGCGGGGAACUAAACGGCUUGACGGUAGGCAAGGGGUCUACAGUCCACUACAAUGGGGCGACGCAGACCCAGAUGGAGAAGGAGUUUAAGGGGGAGGUGAUUUACAACCAGGAAGUCGACAAGCACUUCCCUCACCUCACAGUCGGGCAGACUCUCGAGUUUGCCGCCGGCAUGCGCACGCCUGCGCAACGCAUCCAAGACAUGCCUCGCGAGGAGUACUUCCAGUACAUCGCCCGCGUGGUCAUGGCCAUCUUUGGGCUCUCCCACACCUACCACACCAAGGUCGGCGACGACUACGUCCGCGGCGUGUCCGGCGGCGAGCGCAAGCGCGUCAGCAUCGCCGAGAUGAUGGUCGCCGGGUCCCCCAUCUGCGCCUGGGACAACAGCACGCGCGGCCUCGACUCGACCAGCGCCCUCAAGUUUGUGCAAGCCCUCCGCCUCUCGUCGGACCUCGGCAAGCACGCCCACGCCGUGGCCAUGUACCAAGCCAGCCAGGCGAUCUACGACGUCUUUGACAAGGCCACCGUCCUCUACGACGGCCGGCAAAUCUACUUCGGCCCCGCCAACGCGGCAAAGGCCUUUUUCGAGCGCCAAGGGUGGCACUGCCCGCCGCGGCAGACCACAGGCGACUUCCUGACGUCAGUCACCAACCCGGACGAGCGCAUCCCGCGGCCGGGGAUGGAGCACAAGGUGCCGCGCACGCCCGAGGACUUUGAGCGGUACUGGCGGGGCUCGCCGGAGUUUGCGGCGCUGCAGGCCGACAUGGCGCGCCACGACGCCGCCUUCGAGGGCGACCGCCGCGCCGAGAGCAUCGCCGCCCUGCGCGCGAAGAAGCAGCACUGCCAGGCCAAACACGCCCGUCCCGGCUCCCCUUACCGUCUUAGUGUUGCUAUGCAGGUCCGUCUGAAUACCAAGCGUGCUUACCGCAGGGUGUGGAAUAACCUGCCCGCGACGGCGACUAAUAUCGGGUCGAACCUCAUCCUGGCGCUGAUUAUUGGGUCGAUCUUCUUUGGGAAUCCGGACGCCACGGUUGGGUUUGAGGGCAAGGGCUCGGUGCUGUUCAUGGCGAUCCUGCUGAACGCGCUCACGGCCAUCGCCGAGAUUGACAGCCUGUACGCGCAGCGGCCCAUCGUCGAGAAGCAUGCUUCGUACGCGUUUUACCACCCGGCCACCGAGGCUGCCGCGGGGAUCGUGGCCGACAUACCCGUCAAGUUCGCGUCGGCUGUGGUGUUCAACUUGAUCGUGUACUUCUUGGCUGGGUUGAGGCGGACUCCGGACCAGUUCUUCUUGUUCUUUCUUGUUUCGUUUGUCGCGACGUUUGUUAUGAGUGCCGUGUUCAGGACGCUGGCGGCCAUUACCAAGACGGUCGCGCAGGCUAUGGCGCUGGCGGGUGUCUUGGUGUUGGCUUUGGUCAUGUACACCGGUUACAUCAUUCCCGUUCCGCAGAUGCAUCCCUGGUUCAGCUGGAUCAGAUGGCUCAACCCGAUUUACUACGCCUUCGAGAUCCUCAUCGCCAACGAGUUUCACGGCCGCGAGUUCACCUGCUCCGCGAUUUUCCCUCCGUACUCCCCUCUCAUCGGUGACUCCUGGAUCUGUGCCAGCACUGGCGCCGUGGCCGGCCGGCGCACGGUCAGCGGAGAUGCCUACAUCGCAGCCAUGUAUGGAUACGAGUACUCGCAUGUAUGGCGCAACUUCGGCAUCCUCGUGGCGUUUCUGGUCGGCUUCAUGGCCAUCUACCUAGCCGCUGUCGAGCUGAACUCGUCUGUCGCCAGCACCGCCGAAGCCUUGGUCUUCCCGCGGUGGGAUAUCCCCGCGCACUUGGACCCGAAGCGCAGGGGCAAGGACGAGGAGACAAGCGGUAACACUCGGGGGACGGAUGUCGAGCAUGGCACGCAGAACCCUAAUGGCGGCAGUAUCGAGGCACAAACCGAAGUCUUCACCUGGAGGGAUGUUGUCUAUGACAUUGACGUCAAGGAGGGCAAGCGCCGGCUAUUGGACAAUGUGUCUGGGUGGGUCAAGCCGGGCACGCUUACGGCUUUGAUGGGCGCGUCAGGGGCCGGUAAGACGACCCUGCUGGAUGUUCUCGCGCAGCGGACAUCAGUCGGUGUUGUUACAGGUGAUAUGCUCGUGAGUGGUCGGCCGUUUGGAGCAGACUUCCAGCGCCAGACCGGUUAUGUGCAGCAGCAGGAUCUUCACCUCGACACCGCCACGGUCAGGGAGAGUCUCCGGUUCAGCGCCAUGCUCCGCCGGCCCAAGUCAGUCAGCAAAAAGGAAAAGUUCGAGUUUGUCGAGGAGGUCAUCAAGAUGCUGGGCAUGGAAGAGUAUGCCAAUGCCAUCGUCGGCAUCCCAGGCGAGGGUCUCAACGUCGAGCAGCGCAAACUCCUGACUAUCGGCGUCGAACUGGUUGCGAAACCCAAGCUUCUCUUGUUUCUGGACGAACCCACCAGCGGUCUUGAUUCACAGAGCGCCUGGGCUAUCUGUGUCUUCCUCCGCAAGCUAGCAGACGCCGGCCAGGCGGUCUUGUGCACGAUCCACCAACCGAACGCCCUUCUCUUUCAGCAGUUUGAUCGCCUGCUCUUUCUCGCCAAGGGAGGCAAGACGGUUUACUUCGGGGAUAUCGGCAAAAACUCGCAAUCUCUGCUCGGCUAUUUCGAGAAGAACGGGUCACGCCCAUGUGGCGAUGACGAGAAUCCUGCCGAGUUCAUGCUUGAGAUUGUUGCCGAGGGCGUCAACCGCGAUGGCGAGGAUUGGCAUUCAGUCUGGAAAGGGAGUCAGGAGUACAACGGGGUUCGGGCCGAGCUUGAGAGGAUACACGAGCAAGGCAAGACAAACCAAGAGGUUGACAGCGGUAGCCACGGGGGCGCUGCUUCCGAGUUCGCGAUGCCUUUCUCCUCUCAAGUGUGGGCUGUCACCCAGCGCAUCUUCCAGCAGUACUGGCGGAUGCCCGGCUACGUUCUCUCCAAGCUUCUGCUCGGUAUCAUGUCGGGUCUGUUUAUCGGCUUCACCUUUUGGAAGGCCGAAGAGACGCAGGCUGGGAUGCGGAAUGUCGUGUUCUCUGUCUUCAUGGUGACCACCAUCUUCACCACUCUAGUGCAGCAGAUCCAACCGCUCUUCAUCACGCAACGCUCUCUCUACGAAGUCCGGGAGCGUCCGAGCAAGGCCUACUCCUGGAAAGCUUUCCUUAUUGCCAACAUCGUCGUCGAAAUACCUUACCAAAUCCUCACGGGAAUCCUCGCCUUUGCUUCCUUUUAUUAUCCCGUCGUUGGUAUCCAAGACUCGACCCGCCAGGGCCUCGUCUUGCUCCUCAUCAUCCAGCUCUUCAUCUACGCCAGCGCCUUCGCGCACAUGACCAUCGCGGCUCUCCCCGACGCCCAGGCUGCGGCAGGGAUCGUGAUUCUAUUAACCAUGAUGUCGACCAUCUUCAGCGGCGUGCUCCAGACCAAGGUUGCGCUGCCCGGAUUCUGGACCUUCAUGUACUACGUCUCGCCGUUCACCUACUGGAUCUCGGGCAUCGUAUCGACAGUGCUGCACGACCGGGAAGUAGUGUGCUCUGCCGCUGAGAAUCUUGUGUUCAACCCGCCGCCGAACACGACGUGCGCCGAGUACCUCAUGCCGCUGGCGAACGUGACGCAGGGAACGCUACAGAACCCGUACGACCGCGAGGCGUGCCGAUAUUGCGCCUUUGAUGUGGCGGAUCAGUACCUGGAGAGCGUUGAUAUCUUUUGGGCUGACCGGUGGAGGAAUUUUGGUAUCAUGUGGGCGUACAUUCUUUUUGAUAUUGCGGUUGCUAUUGGGGUGUAUUAUUUGUUCCGGGUCAAGGGGAGGGGGAUUCAGGGGUUGUUCAAAAAAGUCAAGAAGAAUUAG